AUGACCUCUAUGUGCGGUCACGGUAUUCGAUAUCGUUGCUGUCGAUUCUAUCCAUUGCCUUUCAGCUACCAGAUUCGACCAGGCCUAACCCGACGAGACGUGACUCCGUACCAUGUUUGUCUGUCCUGCGGAUAUAAAGAGUCUAAAGAGCUUGCAUAUAUGAUGAUACUUCUUUUAAAUGCUUUAUAUUUACCUACAAAAAAACUCUCUCUAGCUUUCUACCUCUCUCCCACUCCCUCUCUCUUUUUGGUUAUCUCUGUAUCGUUCACUCUCUCUCUUUUUAUUUCCGUAUCUUUCACACACACUCUCUCUCACUCUCUUCUUAUCUCUGUAUCUUUAACUUUCUCUCUCUCUCUCGCUCUCACUGUCUCUCUUUCUUGUUAUAUUUCUAUCUUUUACUCUCUCUCUCACUCUCUCUCUCUCUCUCUUUCUGGUUAUCUGUAUCUUUCACACUCUCACCUACUCACUCUCUCUUUCUUUUAUCUCUGUACCUUCACUCUCUCUCAUUCUCUCUCUCUCUCUAUCUCUCUCUCUCUCUCUUGUUAUCUCUGUAUCUAUCACACUCUCACUCUAUCACUCUCUUUCUUAUGCAGACUUGCAUCACUUACUUGCAAUCUAUCUAUCUAUCUCUACCUAUCUAUAUCUCUAUCUAUCUAUGUCUCUUCUUCUAGUAGCAAAUUGGUUUGA